GCUGCUUCUGACAACACCCUUGGCGCGCGACGUGCUGCCUCUUGUCAGCCCACUGCAUAUUCGUCAGGGCUGCUAUCACCCGCUGUUCCUGAUCGUCUCAGUAACCGCGAAAAAGGUUGUGUUCUUCAACAACAGCAGCUCGCGACAUCCUUCGUUACCUCAACACUCCCCGACCUUACAGCAGUAGCGCACACCAAGCCCCACCAUCCGCGGAUCAGCAUCACGCAGGACAGGAUCUGCGGUGUUGAAUGCUCAGAUCAACACCGGGCAGCAUCGGGUGUUGGCGAUCAAGGCGGAACACGCCAUCAAGAGCAGGCUACAACAACUACAGUUUCGAAGGAUAGGCUGUGCAUCUUCUGUCGAUGUUGUCGGUGGCGGCCGUGGCAGCAGGGAUGUGUAUCGGAUCCGUGCCAGCCAAAGUAACCGCCGGGGCUGGCAUCGGAACGCCCGCUACCACCGGAAACUUGAUGCGGUUAUCCGACGCAGGCUUUUGGGAUAUCGUGGCCAUGGCGUUCUUCGUGCUGCUUGUCGUCGAGGCCACGAAGAAGUUCUUCUCCCCACGUGCAUGUCUGAACACGGACGGGAUGAGUUCCAAGACUGGGAUAGCCGUGGCGUUACCCUAUCGAGGGACCCGGCGGUGCAUUUACCUGGACUACAACGCCACUUCGCCGAUAUUUCCGGAGGUCUCGCGCGAGAUGUUUCCCUUCCUCGGCGAGUGCUUCGGAAACCCCUCGAGCGGCCACGCCCUGGGGAGGGCCUGCAAGAAGGCCGUAGCGCUGGCUCGCGCGCGCGUGGCGUCGCUGCUCGGCUGCUCGCCGGAAGAGGUCGUGUUCGUCGCGAGCGGGUCGGAGGCCGACAACCACGCCAUUCUCGCUUCGUUGACGCUACACGCCGAAGCAGCGACAACUCCUGCUUCUGCUGCUUCGAGUUCGCUGCCGCACGUGGUGUCCUCGGCGAUCGAGCACCCCGCCAUCACCAAGUGCCUCAACCACCUCGUGGCGGAGGGGAAGGUGGAAGUGACUUUCGUGGGGGUAGACGAAGAGGGCAGGGUUUCCGUUGACGAUGUCGUGAGAGCUUUUCGGCCGGAGACGACGCUUGUGACCAUCAUGCACAGCAACAACGAGGUGGGGUCUCUGCAGCCCAUCACGGAGAUCGCGGCGGCUUGUCGGCAGCGAGGGAUCAUGUGCCACACCGAUGCCGCCCAAAGUAUCGGAAAAGUGCCCGUGAAUGUGGCGGACCUCGGCGUGGACAUGCUCACCCUCGUUGGCCACAAGUUCGGAGCGCCCAAGGGAGUGGCCGCUCUCUUCGUACGGCGAGGGCUGGCAUUACCGCCAAUGAUACACGGUGGGGGUCAAGAGGCAGGAAGGAGAGCGGGGACCGAGAACGUGCUCCUGAUUUCUGGGAUGGGCAAGGCCGCAGAGAUUGUUGACGUCGAGCUCGAGCGGCUCUCGAAGCACCUUGCCGCGAUGCGCGAACGCCUUCUGGAACUGCUCAUGGCGGCGAAUUUGGGGGACGGCGUAAAGGUACACGGUCCCCGUAGCCCCUCCUUGCGUCUGCCCAACACGCUCAGCAUCGGCCUUCCGGGGGUGGAGGCACGGGGGCUGCUCGAGCGGCUUUCAGAAACGGUGGCGGCGUCCGCGGGUUCGGCAUGCCACGCCGGCGAAGCGACCAUGUCUGGGGUAUUGCAAGCGAUGGGCGUGGAUGAGCCGACGGGAUUUGGCACCCUUCGGCUAUCCGUUGGGAGGCAUACCACGCGGAAAGAGGUGGAUCAAGCUGUGGCUGCGAUAGUACGAGAGGCCACGACCAUGCUUGCAGCCGAGAAAAAGCGCUGAACCAGCAUCUUCGCUUGGUCUUGUUGCUGUGUACCGAAAUAUAUACAACGCAUUCCAAAGGCAUCCACAUUUGAGCAUGUUGCUGACGUAUUGUUCUAUUUGGGCAAGAUGUAUGCAGCCUUGUGGGCGAAACGCAUGAUUCGUGACUGGGUUGGAGGACUUCGGCUUCAGGAUUCGCGUGGACCACCAUGGAUGCAGAAAAUUUCGUUGCCUUGCAUCUUCUGCCGAAAGGAGUUUUGCUUGGGGAUCAGCGCGUCUUGCGAGGGGUCAUUCGCUGCUAUCGCCAGCGAUUCGAUCAUAUUUGGAGUUCUGAGUCGAACAGUAUCGCUAACCCCAAGCCGGUUGAACUUCUUGGGGGGGGAGAAGUGGU